AUGCGUGCCGUCGCCCUUGCUGGCGCGUUCAACAUCACCGUCAUCGAUGUGCCCAAGCCGACCAUCAUCAAUGCAACUGACGCCGUUGUGCGCAUUGCAGCGAGCGCCAUAUGCGGUAGCGACCUACACAGAUACCACGAGAACUCAGCUUCGCCUGACAACCCUGAACAGAUAGGCCACGAGGCCAUUGGGUAUAUAGAGGAAGUUGGCGACUCUGUCGAGACACUGAAGUCGGGCGAUUGGGUCGUUGUUCCAUUCGCGUUUGACGAUGGCCACUAUCAAUAUGGACCCACGAUUGACGAACCAUUGGCGUCCUCUACAGGAAUGCAAGCCGAGUAUGCGCGCAUUCCGUACGCGGAUGACUCACUUAUGCCCGUGCCCAUCAACAGUAGCGCAAAUGCUUCCACUGUUCAUGACUAUCUCUUCAUGUCCGAUAUUCUCGCUACAGGCUGGACAGCCCUUGACUUUGCCGGCCAGGGUCCUGGAGAUACGGUUGCGGUAUUCGGUGCCGGACCCGUAGGGCAAAUGGCCAUUCUUUCAGCCGGGGUGCGCGGCGCGUCCAAGAUCUACGUCGUAGACCAUGUGCAAGACCGCCUGGAUCUGGCCGCCUCCCACGGUGCCAUCCCGAUUAAUUUUGCGUCGGAGGACCCGGUGGAAGCGCUGCGCCGCCUUGAGCCGGCUGGCAUUACGCGCGUCGUCGACUGUGUUGGGUACGAGGCCGAAGACGCACAGGGUAAUGUGAACAGCAGCAUUGUGCUGCACCAGGCUGGACAGGUAGUGGCGCCGCAGGGCGGUAUUGGCGUCGUGGGAGUUUACGGGAGUGGAAGUCAAGCGCAGACGAUUGACAUCAAGCCUCUUUUCAUGAACAACUUCUCCGUGCGCGGAGGCGUGUCGUCCCCGCUGGAUCUCGGCACCGAGAUGCUCAACCUCAUCGCGACUGGUAACGUGCAUCCAGGCUCCAUUGUCAGCGCCGUUAUCGGGAUCGAGGAUGCGCCUGAGUACUACGCGCGGUUCAACCGUCGUGAGGAGACAAAAGUCGUUAUUGAGUUUCCUUUGAACGGAAAUCUCAGCUCCAGGCACAACAAAUAA